GUCCUAGCUCCCUACUAUUUUUAAUACAAAUAUGUAUUUCAGUGAAGACCUGUUGUGGGCUGGGCUGUUGAACGCUAGGAAGGCAUUCUGUGGAGGGUGAAGAGACAGUGGAGAUUCUGAGUGCAGCGGGAAGCCUUUAGUGGGUGUGUCCCAGUUGGCCUGCAGUUGUGUGGGGGCCCAGUGACCACCCUCACUGCCCUUAGCGCUCUCACCAGCUCAGUUUUGCCCCCAAAGUUCCAUUUUAAAGUUGGUCCUAAAGUUUUACUAUCUUUGCAUUUAGUUAUGGAUUAGUCCCUAAUUUUUACUGGACCAUAACACAGCCCUAUGAGCUCUUCCAUCACUACCCCCAGGGCUUGUAGAUAGGACCAGAACCCCUCAUCCAUACUGCUCUGAAAGUCUCUGCCCACAGGUCUGGGGCUACAAUCCCCCAGGGAAUUCUCUCCCCCCAGCGGGAAGUCCCAGUGGCAAGCCUGGGUUGAGCAGCUGGAAGGUCUGUGGCCCUGCCUCCCCAGACAUCAGUGGGGCGGGACUCAAUUCCGGGGGCGACACGUCCUAGGAGAGCUAGACGGAAGCACUGGGACUGACACGUGGACUUGGGCGGUGCUGCCCGGUGGGUUGGCCUAGGCCUGAGGUGGGAGGGCACGGUACUGGGACUCAACGGUGCCCAUGCCAUCCCAGCGCUCCAGCCUGAUGCACCCAACUACAGAGGAGACCCGCAAGACCCCAUUUGCUGCAGCUGAGGAUACACAAUGGUCCAGGCCUGAGUGCCAAGCAUGGACAGGGAUGCUUCUCCUGGGCACCUGCCUGCUGUACUGUGCUCGAGUCACCAUGCCUGUCUGCACUGUUGCCAUGAGCCAGGACUUCGGCUGGAACAAGAAGGAGGCUGGUAUCGUGCUCAGCAGCUUCUUCUGGGGCUACUGCCUGACUCAGGUGGUGGGCGGCCACCUUGGGGAUCGCCUCGGAGGUGAGAAGGUCAUCUUGCUCUCAGCCUCCACCUGGGGCUUCAUUACUGUCGUCACGCCACUGCUCGUCCACCUUGGCAGUGGCCACCUGGCCUUCAUGACAUUCUCUCGAAUCCUCAUGGGUCUGCUCCAAGGUGUUUACUUCCCAGCCCUGACCAGUCUGCUGUCUCAGAGAGUGCAGGAGAGUGAAAGAGCCUUUACCUACAGCACUGUGGGCGCUGGCUCCCAGUUCGGGACCCUGGUGACUGGGGGUGUAGGCUCGGUGCUCCUGGACUGGUGUGGCUGGCAGAGUGUCUUCUACUUCUCCGGGGGCCUCACCUUGCUCUGGGUAUACUACGUGUACAGGUAUCUGCUGAACGAGAAAGACCUUGUUCUGGCCCUUGGUGUCCUGGCACAAGGCCUGCCUAUGGCCAGGCCCUCCAAAGUGCCCUGGAGACAACUCUUCCGGAAGCCCUCUGUCUGGGCAGCCGUCUUCUCUCAGCUGUCUUCGGCUUGCUCCUUCUUCAUUCUACUCUCCUGGCUGCCCACCUUCUUCAAGGAGACCUUCCCCUACUCCAAGGGCUGGAUCUUCAAUGUAGUGCCCUGGCUGCUGGCAAUUCCCGCCAGCCUGUUCAGUGGCUUCCUCUCUGAUCGCCUCAUCAGUCAGGGUUACAGAGUGAUUGCAGUGCGUAAGUUCAUGCAGGUGAUGGGCCUUGGUCUGUCAAGCAUUUUUGCCCUGUGUCUGGGUCAUACCACAAGCUUCCUCAAGGCUAUGAUCUUUGCGUCAGCUUCCAUUGGCUUCCAGACCUUCAACCACAGUGGUAUUUCAGUCAACAUUCAGGACCUGGCCCCAUCCUGUGCUGGUUUUCUGUUUGGUGUGGCCAACACUGCAGGGGCCUUGGCAGGUGUGAUAGGCGUGUGUCUAAGUGGCUACCUGAUUGAGGCCACUGGUUCCUGGACGUGUAUUUUCAACCUGGUGGCCAUCAUCAGCAACCUGGGACUGGGUACCUUUCUCGUGUUUGGGAAGGCCCAGAGGGUGGACCUGGCCCCUACUCAUGAGGACCUGUAGCUGUCUACCUAUCUAGUCCCACCCAGGACCCUGAUGUCAACAGCCUAAGGACAACAGCUGUGUUGGUGAAAUCCUGAAUUUGCACCUCACAUGUAUGAGCACAGUCUCCUGGAGAGAUAGGUGGAGACAGACACCCGAACCCACACAGGCCCAUGUCAGGAGUAGGGUCAUGGCCUCUCUGAGCUUCGGUGUCCCCAUCUUCAAGUCAGGACCAUCUGGCCCUCCUCUCAGACUCAGUGGGACUGCUCCCUGCUGUUGUGGAAUCUGCAUUGCUGAUGGGAGUUCUCCACAGUUCCAGUCCACGUGGGUUGUUUCUACAAUAAGUUUUUUCUGUGUUAAAGAUGUUCUGUGUACUGGAAGAUGUUCAGGAGCAGCUCUGUCACCUGCCAACUCCAGGCAUCUUCCAACCUCCAUCUCUCCAGUAGUGAUAACCCAAGAUGUCUAUAGACAUUCAACCAUGUCCCCAUGGUAAGACAGGCCCACAAGAACCACAGUGCUAGAGAAGCCAUGGCUUCUGCAUCUCCCCAGAAGUCAGGCUGGCACUCUAGCUGGACCAGUGUGCAGUGGCAAGAGGUCCUUGCCUGCCUCUGCAGACCCUCCACAGCCCCGGGUUCUCUUCCUGUGGAUCCCUCUUCACUACUGAUGUGUCCUGGGUAGGAAGGUGCCUGGAACUCCUUGGACUCUGCCUGGAUGGACACUCCAGCUAUCACAGACCCCAGAACAUGGUGAAACCUCCCCCUGAUUUCUGACCUUGUUUUUCUACCUCCCCUUUUGUACUUUGUGGAGCUGGUGGUUUUAUGAACUGAUAAUGAAUUCUCUA